CAAUGGCCGACAAACAAGAGGUUUUGUCGCCAUUGGUGUCCCGACCCGGAGAUAAUAUCUACUCUCAAGCCAUCAAAUCGGGUGACACUGUCUACAUGUCGGGAGCCAUCGGGUGGUGCGCGAAGGGCCGGCGGUUCCCUCCACAACAUUGUUAAGAUGACUGUCUAUAUCCUCGACUAUAAGAAUAGUCCGAUCAUUAAUAAAGUGUUGGCCAAACAUUUGCGAGUCGCGGCUUUCCCGAGAGGCGCAGAGAUCGAGAUCGAGUCGAUCGCAGUGUUGCCCAAACAGUUGGUGCCGUCCAUAAUCUCGUCACCAUUU